CCCCGCGCGGCGCCGGGGGAGUUGGGAGGGGCUCCGCCCGCGUCCGCGCCAUCGAGCCCGGGGCGGCGGCUAGGCCCUCGGUGGAUGGUUCUCCUCGCCCGGCGACUCUGCGUGCUGCCGGCGAUGGAGGGCGUGCGCUGGGCCUUUCCCUGCGGCACGUGGCUGCCCAGCCGCGCCGAAUGGCUACUAGCGGUGCGAUCGAUCCAGCCCGAGGAGAAGGAGCGCAUCGGCCAGUUCGUCUUCGCCCGGGACGCUAAGGCCGCCCUGGCUGGUCGUCUGAUGAUGAGGAAAUUAGUUGCAGAGAAAUUGAAUAUACCUUGGAAUAAUAUUCGUUUGCAAAGAACUGCAAAAGGAAAACCAGUUCUUGCAAAAGACUCACUGAAUCCUUACCCCAAUUUCAACUUUAACAUCUCUCAUCAAGGAGACUAUGCUGUACUUGCUGCAGAAUCUGAGCUACAAGUUGGAAUUGAUAUAAUGAAGACUAGUUUUCCAGGUCGUGGUUCGAUUCCAGAAUUUUUUCAUAUUAUGAAAAGAAAGUUUACCAACAAAGAAUGGGAAACAAUCAGAAGCUUUAAGGAUGAAUGGACUCAGCUGGAUAUGUUUUAUAGGAAUUGGGCACUGAAAGAAAGCUUUAUAAAAGCAAUAGGUGUUGGAUUAGGAUUUGAAUUGCAACGGCUUGAAUUCGAUAUAUCCCCGUUAAACCUGGAUAUAGGCCAAGUUUAUAAAGAAACACGUUUGUUUUUGGAUGGAGAAGAAGAAAAAGAAUGGGCGUUUGAGGAAAGCAAAAUAGAUGAGCACCAUUUUGUUGCAGUAGCUCUUAGGAAACCCAAUGGAUCUAGACAUCAGAAUGUUACAUCUCAAGAUGAUUCUAAAGCAUCCCAGAGGCAGUUUACUAUUCUCACCUUUAAUGAUUUAAUAUCGUCUGCAGUUCCUAUGACCCCUGAAGAUCCUUCGUUUUGGGACUGUUUUUGCUUUACAGAAGAGAUUUCCAUAAGAAAUGGUACAAAGUCAUGAUAUGAUUUUCUGAGUAACAAAGGGAAGUGAAAACUGUAGUCUUCUGUAUUCACUAAAAAAUAAAUGCCUGAGACUAUCAAAUUUUAUUUCAUAAAACAUUUUUAAAAAGAAGAAACAACUGUUCCUAAAAGGCAGACUCCCAGAUCAAGAUAGAUGACUAGAAUACAUGUUUACCUCUUCUUCCUCCCCAAAAUCACAUUGGAUUUGCUAAAAAAAAAAAAAAUAGAAAUCGAUGGUAGAGUCUUAAAGUAAUAAGACAGAAUACACAAAAUAGAGAAUGUUCAAAUUCCUAUUUUUCAAGAGAUAACUAUUUUAGAGGUACCUAUCCUUAAAACAUGGAGUAUCUUCCCAGAUCUUUUUCUUGGCAAAUGAUUCCCUAUUAAUAUACUUACUCUUUUUUUUUUUUUUUUUUAAUAGAACAUACUAUAUUUAACUUUUCUCUUGACUCUACAUCUGAGGUCCAUAAAUAUAUUGGUGUAGCAUAACUUUUAGUGCUGCUUAAGUAUUCUGUUUUCCAGCUACUAUCAAGAUGCAAUUGACCAGAGGUAAUACGGUUCAACUGUAAUUGACUUAGUAACCAAGGACAUUUAUUGUGUCACAUAACAAACAGUUUAGAGUUGCCAUUAGGGCCUUUUUUUUUUUGCCUCCGCCUUAGCUUAUUUGUUUUGCUUUAGGCUGGUCUCCCUCAUGCAUCUGAUAGGCAGAAAAGGCUGUUUUGCCUCUCACGUUUUGUUAGUGAGGAAGGUUUUUUCCUCUUAAAUGCCCCCAGAAAAUUUCCACAGAGCUUCUGUUGACCCAGAUCAGGUCACUGAGAAAGCUGAACUUGACACUCUUGGCUUCCGUGGAAAGGGAACUCUUGGUAAGGAAGAAGCCUGAAGCAGAGUCUGGGGGAGUGAUACCUAGGGGAGGCCCAUGCCUACCAUGAGGAACGUGUGCCACAGCUGACUCACUCUGUCCUCUGUGCUGGGCAUUUUAAAUGUCUGCAGUUUUUACUGUAAGCAGUGGUUUAUUGCAUAUCCUUGUAGCCACAUUUUGAAGUACCUGUUUAAUUAUGUCCAAAAGAAUUAAAUAUAUUUAGAGCCUCAAUAAGUAUUGCCAAAUUGUUCUCCAUAAAAGCUGCAUAAUUUAUACUUGCAGUUAGUGUUACAUGUUUGAUCAUUCUCUCACCAUCCCCAGCCCCCUCAACCUACAAGACUGGUCAUCUGUAGGUAGGAUCUUUUAAAAAAAAAAAAAAAUUAAUCUCUGCCAGUAUAGGUUAAAAAUGGUACCUUAUAUUUUAAAAGUGUCUCUUUCAUUACAAAUGAGGUUGCUAUGGCAUUGUUAGUAUUGGCUGUUUGUAUUCUUUUUGUAUGAACUGUCUGUUCAUUAUCUUAACCUGUUUUUAUUUUGGUAAAUAAGACUUAAAGUACAAACAUAAUAUGUAAGAUGCAAGACCAUCAUAUUGAUGACAGAAUCUAUUCUAUGGUUGUAGUGCAUGUCUUGGGGAGUUUGAAGUCUUAUAAUAAUAAUUGUUAAAUGUCAGAAGUGAAAUAGUUUCAUUGUUUCUAUUACUAAAGUGGAAAGUUGUGUUUAAAUUGUAUAAAAUUAGAUAUUUUGCUUAAGUACAAGAAAAAUUUUGAACAUUUUAUUUUUUACUUCGUUAAGCAUGCACAGAUAGUCCAAGCAUAGUAAAUAACUUGUUUUCAAAGGAUCGAGUAGCAUUUAUAGCAGAGGAAGCAUUGUUAUCCGUAGCAUGAGUGUAAUGGUGAUAGGAAAAUGCUGUUGUCUGUCUUAUCAUUAUAACAUUUAUGAAUUUUUAUGAAUCAGGCACCAUGCUGCGUUUCCGGGGGUGGGGGGCAGUGGGUGGAGAUCUGUUGUCUUAAGGUUUCACAUAGUCAGAAUCAAAUAAAUACACAUAGUUUAGAUUCAAGUAGGUCUAUAAAAAUCUUUUUUUCUAAUAAAAAUUACCAUUCCCUUGACCUUCUA